CGCCGCCCCCGCCCCUCCGCCUCCACGCCUCGCUCCCCGGGAGGGGCGCAGACCCGCGCGCCCGGGGCCGGGGCCGCCUCCGGAGCGCCGCGAUCCGCCUUUCCUUUUUUUUUUUUUUCUUUUUUUUUUUCUUCCCUUUUUCCCCCUUUUUAAAUUUUGGUCGGUGGCGGCAGUGCUGGGCCCGAGGAAGGAAGGGACACGGAGGCCGCCCUAGCUCAGCCACCCCCUCCCCGCUUUCCCCUGGGCCGGGCUCCGGGAGAUGUGCCGGGCGGGGGGCCCGGCUUCGCGGAGCCGCCGGAGGAGCACGCACGGCCGACCCCGAAGCGCCGCUGGACAGGCUGGUGGGCCAGGCCGUGGUACCCUGGUAAUGCGGGGCGAGGCCCCACACACAGUCCGCUGAGAAUCCUGCACCCGCCCCUGGCCUUCGCCAUGGCCCGCUUGGCUGCCGCACUCUGGAGUCUCUGUGUCACCACUGUCCUUGUCACCUCUGCUACUCAAGGCCUGAGCCGGGCUGGGCUCCCAUUUGGAUUGAUGCGCCGGGAGUUAGCAUGUGAAGGCUACCCCAUCGAGCUUCGGUGCCCAGGCAGUGAUGUCAUCAUGGUGGAGAAUGCUAACUACGGGCGCACAGAUGACAAGAUCUGCGAUGCUGACCCUUUCCAGAUGGAGAAUGUGCAGUGCUACCUGCCCGAUGCCUUCAAAAUCAUGUCACAGAGGUGUAAUAACCGAACUCAGUGUGUGGUGGUGGCUGGCUCCGACGCCUUCCCUGACCCCUGCCCUGGAACCUACAAGUACCUGGAGGUGCAGUACGACUGUGUCCCUUACAUAGAAGUGGAGCAGAAAGUCUUCGUGUGCCCAGGGACCCUGCAGAAAGUUCUGGAGCCCACCUCCACACAUGAGUCAGAGCACCAGUCUGGUGCAUGGUGCAAGGACCCGCUACAGGCAGGUGACCGUAUCUACGUCAUGCCCUGGAUUCCCUACCGUACGGACACACUGACUGAAUAUGCCUCAUGGGAGGACUAUGUGGCUGCACGCCACACCACCACAUACCGGCUGCCCAACCGUGUGGAUGGUACCGGCUUCGUAGUGUACGAUGGCGCGGUCUUUUACAACAAGGAGCGCACGCGCAACAUUGUCAAGUAUGACCUGCGGACCCGCAUCAAGAGUGGCGAGACAGUCAUCAACACAGCCAACUACCAUGACACCUCACCUUACCGCUGGGGAGGCAAGACCGACAUUGACUUGGCGGUGGAUGAGAAUGGGCUAUGGGUCAUCUAUGCCACCGAGGGCAACAAUGGGCGUCUGGUGGUGAGCCAGCUCAACCCCUACACAUUGCGCUUCGAGGGCACUUGGGAAACAGGCUACGACAAGCGCUCGGCCUCCAACGCCUUCAUGGUAUGCGGAGUCCUCUAUGUGCUGCGCUCCGUAUAUGUGGAUGACGAUAGUGAGGCAGCCGGCAACCGCGUGGACUAUGCCUUCAACACCAAUGCAAACCGAGAGGAGCCAGUCAGUCUGGCUUUCCCAAACCCCUACCAGUUUGUUUCCUCUGUCGACUACAAUCCCCGGGACAACCAGCUGUACGUGUGGAACAACUAUUUUGUGGUGCGCUACAGCCUGGAGUUUGGACCCCCAGAUCCCAGUGCUGGCCCAGCCACUUCCCCACCUCUCAGCACCACCACCACAGCUCGGCCCACACCCCUCACCAGCACAGCCUCACCUGCAGCCACCACUCCACUCCGUCGGGCACCCCUCACCACACACCCAGUGGGUGCCAUUAACCAACUGGGACCUGACCUGCCUCCAGCCACAGCCCCAGCACCCAGUACUCGGCGGCCUCCAGCCCCCAAUCUGCACGUGUCCCCUGAGCUAUUCUGUGAACCCCGAGAGGUCCGACGGGUCCAGUGGCCAGCCACCCAACAGGGUAUGCUGGUGGAGAGGCCUUGCCCCAAGGGAACUCGAGGAAUUGCCUCAUUCCAGUGCCUCCCAGCUCUGGGCCUGUGGAACCCUCGAGGCCCUGACCUCAGCAACUGCACCUCCCCCUGGGUCAACCAAGUAGCCCAGAAGAUUAAGAGCGGAGAGAAUGCAGCCAACAUUGCUAGUGAGCUGGCCCGCCACACACGGGGCUCCAUCUAUGCUGGGGAUGUGUCCUCCUCGGUAAAGCUGAUGGAGCAGCUGUUGGACAUCCUGGAUGCCCAGCUCCAGGCCCUCCGGCCCAUUGAGCGCGAGUCAGCUGGCAAGAACUACAAUAAGAUGCACAAGCGAGAGAGAACCUGCAAGGAUUAUAUCAAGGCUGUGGUGGAGACUGUGGACAACCUGCUCCGGCCAGAGGCACUUGAGUCCUGGAAAGACAUGAAUGCCACAGAACAGGUGCACACAGCCACCAUGCUCCUAGAUGUCCUGGAGGAGGGGGCCUUCCUGCUGGCUGACAAUGUCAGGGAACCAGCUCGCUUCUUGGCUGCCAAGCAGAACGUGGUCCUGGAGGUGACUGUCCUAAACACGGAGGGUCAGGUGCAGGAGUUGGUGUUCCCCCAGGAAUACCCCAGUGAGAACUCCAUCCAGCUGUCUGCCAACACCAUCAAGCAGAAUAGCCGCAACGGUGUGGUCAAGGUCGUCUUCAUCCUCUAUAACAACUUGGGCCUAUUCUUGUCCACGGAGAAUGCUACAGUGAAGCUGGCCGGUGAAUCGGGGACUGGUGGUCCCGGAGGUGCCUCCCUGGUGGUGAACUCACAAGUCAUUGCAGCAUCCAUCAACAAGGAAUCGAGCCGUGUCUUCCUCAUGGACCCUGUCAUCUUUACUGUGGCCCACUUGGAGGCCAAGAACCACUUCAAUGCAAACUGCUCCUUCUGGAACUACUCAGAGCGCUCCAUGCUGGGCUACUGGUCAACCCAGGGCUGCCGCCUGGUGGAGUCCAAUAAGACCCAUACCACAUGUGCCUGCAGCCACCUCACCAACUUCGCAGUGCUCAUGGCUCACCGAGAGAUCUACCAGGGCCGUAUCAAUGAGCUGCUGCUGUCGGUCAUCACCUGGGUUGGCAUUGUCAUCUCCCUGGUCUGUCUGGCCAUUUGUAUCUCCACCUUCUGCUUCCUGCGUGGCCUGCAGACCGACCGCAACACCAUCCACAAGAACCUGUGCAUCAACCUCUUCCUUGCGGAGCUGCUCUUCCUUGUUGGGAUAGACAAGACUCAGUAUGAGGUCGCCUGUCCCAUCUUUGCUGGCCUUCUGCACUACUUUUUCCUGGCCGCCUUCUCCUGGCUGUGCCUAGAAGGUGUGCACCUCUACCUGUUGCUGGUGGAGGUGUUUGAGAGCGAAUACUCACGCACCAAGUACUAUUACCUGGGUGGCUACUGCUUCCCAGCCCUGGUGGUAGGCAUCGCAGCGGCCAUUGACUACCGAAGCUAUGGCACUGAGAAGGCCUGCUGGCUGAGGGUGGAUAACUACUUCAUCUGGAGCUUCAUUGGGCCCGUCUCCUUUGUCAUUGUGGUGAACCUGGUGUUCCUCAUGGUGACCCUGCACAAGAUGAUCCGAAGCUCAUCAGUGCUCAAGCCUGACUCCAGCCGCCUUGACAACAUCAAGUCCUGGGCGCUGGGUGCCAUUGCGCUGCUCUUCCUGCUGGGCCUCACCUGGGCUUUUGGCCUCCUCUUCAUCAACAAGGAGUCGGUAGUCAUGGCCUAUCUCUUCACCACCUUCAACGCCUUCCAGGGGGUCUUCAUCUUUGUCUUUCACUGCGCCUUACAGAAGAAGGUGCACAAGGAGUACAGCAAGUGCCUGCGCCACUCCUACUGCUGCAUCCGCUCCCCUCCUGGGGGGACUCACGGCUCCCUGAAGACCUCAGCCAUGCGAAGUAACACCCGCUACUACACAGGGACCCAGAGCCGAAUCCGGAGGAUGUGGAAUGACACCGUGAGGAAACAGACAGAGUCCUCCUUUAUGGCGGGCGACAUAAACAGCACCCCUACCCUGAACCGAGGUACCAUGGGGAACCAUCUCCUGACCAACCCUGUGCUACAGCCCCGUGGGGGCACUAGCCCAUACAAUACACUCAUCGCGGAGUCUGUGGGCUUCAAUCCUUCCUCGCCCCCGGUCUUCAACUCUCCAGGAAGCUACAGGGAACCGAAGCACCCCUUGGGAGGCCGGGAAGCCUGUGGCAUGGAUACCCUGCCCCUUAACGGCAACUUCAACAACAGCUACUCCUUGCGAAGCGGGGAUUUCCCUCCAGGGGAUGGGGGACCUGAGCCCCCCAGAGGCCGGAACCUGGCCGAUGCUGCCGCCUUUGAGAAGAUGAUCAUCUCAGAGCUGGUGCACAACAACCUGCGUGGGGCCAGUGGGGGCGCCAAAGGGCCUCCCCCGGAACCUCCUGUGCCACCCGUGCCAGGGGUCAGUGAGGACGAGACCGGCGGGCCUGGGGGUGCUGAUCGGGCAGAGAUUGAACUUCUCUACAAGGCCCUGGAGGAGCCGCUGCUGCUGCCCCGGGCCCAGUCGGUGCUGUACCAGAGUGAUCUGGACGAGUCAGAGAGCUGCACGGCAGAGGAUGGGGCCACCAGUCGGCCCCUCUCCUCACCUCCCGGCCGGGACUCCCUCUAUGCCAGCGGGGCCAACCUGCGGGACUCGCCCUCCUACCCGGACAGCAGCCCCGAAGGGCCUAAUGAGGCCCUACCCCCACCCCCACCUGCCCCCCCAGGCCCUCCAGAAAUCUACUACACCUCCCGCCCGCCGGCCCUGGUGGCUCGGAAUCCCCUACAGGGCUACUACCAGGUGCGGCGGCCCAGCCAUGAAGGCUACCUGGCAGCCCCCAGUCUCGAGGGGCCAGGGCCCGAUGGGGACGGGCAGAUGCAAUUGGUCACCAGUCUCUGAGGGGCCUCAUGGACCAGAGGCCCGGGUCCUGGCCAGGGAGGGAACCCAGGAGGGGCUCUGAUGGGAGCAGAGACUGAUGGAGGCAGUGGCUGGUGGGCCACUCUCUCCAGGUGCCCCUCAGCCCGUGGGCCCCACAGUCCCCUCAGGGGCUCUGACCUGGGCCCCAGGUGCCAGGGUUAGUAGACAGGGUUUCCACCAGCCACACACCCCAGCCUCUCUAGGGGAGUGCAAUGAGGAAAAGUCCCCAGGGGCCCUAGGAGUGCGGGAGAAACUGGCGGGUGUGACCAACUUCUGUCACUCCCUGCCUGUAGAGGAAGAGCAAGGCUUUCCUAGGUCUGUAGGGGGUUGCCGCUUUUCAGGUAGCCAAAGCCUUGCAGGAUCCAAUCCAUCAGCUGCUCCUGUCCAUCCACCGGAAGGGAGCGGUGGGCCAGCAAGACAGAUGGACAGGAUCCUCCCAUGCUACAGUUCCUUGUGCCCUGGAGCCUGGGCCUUGCACCACAGGAAGGCCCAGGCCCAGGGGGUUGGCGGUAGUGGCUGGUGAUUAACGCGGACUUUCUCUAAAGCUCCUUUCACCCUUGCUAUUGGUCCCUGUCUCCCAAGCAAGCCUGCCCCUCAACCCCCAGAGUGCACCCAAUGACCCCCUCCCUUGGGGUGACUCCUGAUGAAGCACAACUCCCCGCGGGGCCUCCUAACCCACUGGGGUGGCCAUACUUGGGCAGUUCCCAGUUCUGUGGGCUGGGCUAUCUGGGGAGCAGAUUUGGGGUCUGGGGCUCCCUGAGGAGUGGGUCCUGGGUUUGGAUCUUCCCCUAGGGGGUCCUCUUACCCCUCUCUCUUCCUCUCCUAUUGCUGUAAAUAUUUCAACAAAAUGGAAAAGGAAAAAAAAAAAAAGACAAAAAAAAGUAAGAAAAGAAAAUCUCAUCACUUGAAGCCACCGGGCACCUGCAGCCCAGGCCAGCCCGGACUUUCUCCGGAACAAAGCAGCGGCCAGCCCUAGCAACCAGGACUUCCUGUAUGUAAACAUCAGCCAGGGUGGGCAGCCGCCAGAGCAGCUUUUUACACUCCAGAGACAGAACAAAUCUAGAAGCAACAGCGAAACAAAGAACCUGUCCUUCCCAGCACCGGUCCUGUGCGCUCUGCUGUCUGCCCUACAUCAGUCAGCCCUCCUGGGGCGUGUACCUCACUGCCUGCCCCAGGACCAGAGGCCUGUCUCCCCCUGCCCCACAGGCCAGGAGACACCCUCACACCCAAAGAUGCUUUUGCCAAGAUGGCUGCACUACCCCUUUGAGUUCCUGCUUCUCGUAUAUCACUUCAGGACUCAUGGCAGGCAGGAGGAGGCUGCCAUCCCAUCCAUCCUGGGAGGGCAAGGGAAAGGAGCCCAGGGCAGGAAAUGGUUCCUGUGUCUGAGGGCAGAAUGGCGGUGAUGAGCUCGUUUCUGAGGGUGGGGGAGAAAGGUGAGAGGUCACUUUCCCUUACCCCCCCCCCAAGCACCUCUGGCCCUUCAGCCUGGCCUGCUGCCCUCCCCCAGUUUUUUGGGGGUAGCAUACCCUGCUGCCAUCUUCUGGAGGUGACGUCACACCUCUGCUGACUUCCCUGUCUUGUCCCUGCCUCCUUCCUCACAAGUGCCACGAGUUUUCAAGCAUCCUCGGGUCUCAGCUUGCUGCUGCCAUGAACUUCUUUGGGUUAUGAGGGAGGGGCUCUAGGAAGGAGCUGAGGAGGUGGAUAGGUGGCUGGGAGGGCCCUUUUUGCUGCUAGAAAGCCUGCUCCCUUCUGGGGAGCUGGGACUGGCUUGUCCCCAUCAAUGAGGGGGAAAGGGGCCAGACCAAAGAUAAUGGUUUGUCCCAAGAAGGGGAAUAGAUGUGAAAAGGCAGGGUUUAUUCCAUCUUUGGUUUUUUCUGGUGGUGUUUUAGCCUAACUUACCAGAAGACCAAGGGCGAAGUCUAUAGGGAAGAGGAGAGAGAUGGGGAUAGUCUUGCUAGGCAGGCAUGAAGAGUAGGAAAUGGCUUGUGGCCCUUGCCUAACUUCCACUGGACCUGGAGUGUGGAGUGGCAGGCCCAGAAGCCAGAGGACUUGGCUCAGCCCGAGCCUGAGGCCCGUCAGACAUCAACAAAGCUGGGAGAAGGGGUGGGGUCAAGAGCUCCUCUGGGAUUGGCAGGCACAGUGCUGCUUCCUCUUUCUCUGUACAACCCUUCUCCAAACGUGGAGGGUGGAGUGUAGCAAGGCCCUGAUUCCAACUCUAGCUGGAAUCACGAGCACAGAGUAACUCCCAGGCCUCAGAGCUACAUGGCAGGUCCCCAAGUGGGGCUGGAUCCACUACAAUCCAGCGCAAAGCCACGCAGAGAGCCCAGGUGUCCCCUACCCUAACCAGACCUGGUGCCUUGACGCCCCCACCCCAGCGGGGACGGUACAGAGAAGGGUCUUGGUCUCCUCCUACUCCCUUCCUUGGGCUCCUGAAUUCAUUUGCUCCUAAAUCUUGCUCAUUCUUUUUCUCUGCAUCUUUUCUUUUGGGUUUUCCUAACUAUUCAACUUCUUCCUUUGCUGUCUCUGUGUCGCCCCCUCUCCUCUCAUUUUCAAUUUCUCUGUCCAUCUGGGCCUCCUCCCUACUCCCACACCCUAGCUCCUCCUUUCCUUGGUCUCCUUUUCGAUAUGCCAAACCAAUUUUGGGUCGAGUGCAUUUAACGAGAACAAAACAAAAGGCUCAUAAGAACGUUUCAGAAAAAAACAAAAAGUUUAAAAAAAUGUUGAGUCAAAAAAGUCAAACAAUAAAGAAAUUAAGAUUUCUUGGAA